AUGGGGUUUGGCAGGCGGUUAUGGGUAGCAGAGUGGGCUUUCCUGUUAGCAGUUUGCUGUAUCCAUCAGAUAGGAGCCCAGAUUGAAAUCCAACAGGAAACAGGAAGCACAUACACUGAGGUUGUUCAACAGAAACAAAACACUUCUGCUACAGUUUUAUCUAAGGUGAACAUCAUCCAGCCAAUGUUGACAAAUCCAGUAAUAACACCUUCCAAUCCUGCUCACAAUGGCCGUGUGUGCAGCACAUGGGGCAACUUCCACUUCAAGACCUUUGAUGGAGACAUAUUCUCCUUUCCUGGGCUUUGUAAUUACAUUUUUGCAUCCCACUGCAAUACUCCCUAUGAAGAUUUCAACAUCCAGAUUAGGCGCGUAAUGGUGGAAAAUGCUCCAACAAUCAACCGUAUCAUCAUGAAACUUGAAGGUGUAGCUGCUGAACUAACAAAGGAUGUUGUUAUGAUUAACAGCAACACAGUUCAACUGCCGUACAGCCAAUCUGGAAUUACGAUAGAGAAAAGUAGCAUUUAUGUGAAAGUUGCUAGCAAAAUGGGUAUUGUGUUAAUGUGGAAUGAAGAUGACAGUAUUCUGCUGGAAUUGAAUGAGAAAUAUGCCAAUCAGACCUGUGGACUUUGUGGAGACUUCAAUGGCUUUCCAAUUUACAAUGAGUUCUAUUCAAACAAUAUUCAGAUGACAGCCUUGCAGUUUGGGAAUAUGCAGAAAAUGGAUGGGCCAACAGAACACUGUGAAGACUUCACUUCUACCCUGCCAGAUAAUUGCACUGAUAAUUUUGAUGACAUAUGCCAGAAAACAUUGACCAGCUCUGCAUUUGCAGAGUGUAAUGACCUAGUUGAUGUUAGAGAGUACAUUAUGGCUUGCCAAGAUGACUUGUGCCGCUCUGAAGAGUCUAAAAAUGCCUCAUGUAUCUGUGACACCUUUGCUGAAUACUCCCGGCAGUGUGCUCAUGCUGGUGGGCAUCCUCUGAACUGGAGAACCUCAAAACUGUGCCCCAAGAAGUGUCCUUACAACAUGCAGUACCAGGAGUGCAGCUCACCCUGUGCUGACACAUGCACCAAUCCAGAACGAUCUCAGUUUUGUGAAGAACACUGUAUGGAUGGUUGUUUCUGCCCCCCAGGAACUGUAUUUGACGACAUCAACAAUUCUGGCUGCAUUCCCCAACAGCAGUGCUCCUGUGUUUACAAUGGCAACACCUACACUACAGGAACUUCUUUUUCAGAGCAGUGCCAUUCCUGUACCUGCAAUGGAGGCCAGUGGAGUUGCCAAGACAUGUCAUGCCCAGGAAUAUGUUCAGUAGAGGGAGGUUCACACAUUUCCACAUAUGAUAAAAAGCAUUAUGAUCACCAUGGAGACUGCACUUACGUCCUUUCUAAGGACUCUAAACAUGAAACAUUCACCAUCCUGGUAGAACUACGCAAAUGUGGCCUAACAGACACUGAGACGUGCUUAAAGACAGUGACCCUCAACAUGAAUAAAGGACAAACUCUCAUCGAAGUCAAACCUGAUGGUGGUGUGUUUGUGAAUUCGAUCUACACUCAGCUGCCCAUCUCAGCAGCUAAUGCCACCGUGUUCAGACCAUCAUCAUUUUUCAUCAUCAUACAGACAAACUUUGGUGUCCACCUUGAAAUCCAAAUCGUACCAAUCAUGCAAGUGUUUGUGCGACUGGAUCCUAUUUUCAAAGACCAGACCUGUGGUCUCUGUGGAAAUUUCAAUAAUAUCCAAACUGAUGACUUCCAGGUCAUAAGUGGAAUAAUUGAAGGAACAGCAACAGCAUUUGCUAAUACAUGGAAAACUCAAGCUACAUGCCCUAAUAUCCAGCAGAGAUUUGAAAACCCUUGUGCACUCAGCAUUGAUAACGAAAAAUAUGCUCAGCAUUGGUGUGGACUACUAACUGACAGCAAAGGACCUUUUGCUGAUUGUCACUAUGCCGUGAAUCCCUCUGUUUACCACAUGAACUGCAUGUUUGACACAUGUAACUGUGAAAAUAGUGAGGACUGUCUCUGUGCAGCCCUGUCUUCCUAUGUGAGAGCUUGUGCUGCAAAAGGAAUCCAGCUGCGUGGAUGGAGGACUGAUGUCUGCUCAAAAUACACCAUCUCAUGUCCCAAAUCCCUGAGCUACAGCUAUACCAUCACUUCCUGUCAACCCACCUGUCGGUCUCUGAGUGAGCCUGAUGUCACAUGCAACAUUAAGUUUGUCCCAGUUGAUGGCUGCACCUGCUUAAAUGGAACCUACAUGGAUGAGAGGGGCAAAUGUGUGCCUGCUAAUGAAUGCCCCUGCUACUACAGAGGAUCUCCCAUACCAUUUGGAGAAGUUGUCCAUGAAAAUGGGCUUGCAUGCACUUGCAUUCAGGGAAGACUAAAUUGCAUUGGAGCACCCAAUCCAACUCCAGUCUGUGAACCUCCCAUGGUCUACUUUGACUGUAGAAACAUCUCUGCAGGAACAAUUGGAGCAGAAUGUCAAAAAAGUUGCCAGACUCUGGAUUUGCAGUGUUAUAGCACGCAAUGUGUAUCUGGCUGCGUGUGCCCAGCUGGGCUUGUGUUAGAUGGGAAUGGUGGCUGUAUUCUUGAAGACGAAUGUCCGUGUAUUCACAAUGAAGCUAUGUAUCAGCCUGGGGAAAAGAUCAACGUUGACUGUAACACCUGUGUAUGCAAGAAUAGGAAGUGGGAAUGCACCAAAGAUCAAUGUCUGGGCACUUGUACUGUUUAUGGAGAUGGUCAUUACAAUACCUUUGAUGACAAAAGAUUCAGCUUUAAUGGAAACUGUGAAUACACACUAGUCCAGGACCACUGUGGGAAGAGUGGCACAGCCAAUGGGACCUUCAGGGUUAUCACUGAAAAUAUUCCCUGUGGCAACACUGGGACAACUUGCUCAAAAUCUAUCAAAGUUUUCUUAGAGAGCUAUGAACUGAUACUUUAUGAGGAGCAUUUCAGUGUUGUAAAGAGAGGACAAAAUGAUGAGGUGCCAUACACAGUCCGCUAUAUGGGUAUGUACUUGGUAAUUGAGACCACAAGCGGACUGAUCCUCAUGUGGGACAAGAAAACCAGCAUCUUCAUCAAGCUCAGCCCUGAUUUUAAGAGUCAGAUCUGUGGUCUCUGUGGAAAUUAUGAUGGCAAUGGCAUCAAUGACUUUACUACAAGGAGUCAGUCUGUGGUAGAGAAUGUCCUAGAGUUUGGAAACAGCUGGAAAGUAUCCUCUACAUGUCCUGAUGCUUAUAGCAUAAAGGACCCAUGUUCUACCAACCCUUAUCGAAAGUCCUGGUCAGAGAAGCAGUGUAGCAUCAUCAACAGCAACGUCUUUGCUGCCUGUCACUCUCAGGUUGAACCAGCAAAAUAUUACCAAGCAUGUGUGACAGAUGCUUGUGCAUGUGACACUGGAGGAGACUGUGAUUGCUUUUGUACAGCAGUUGCUGCCUAUGCUCAAGCAUGUAGUGAAGUUGGUGUCUGCAUAGCCUGGAGAACCCCAUCAAUCUGUCCACUGUUUUGUGAUUACUACAAUCAACAAGGGGAAUGUGAAUGGCACUAUAAGCCUUGUGGAGCCUCCUGUAUGAAGACCUGUAGGAACCCAAGUGGAAAAUGCCUCCAUAACUUGCCAGGUUUAGAAGGCUGCUACCCUAACUGCCCACUAGACAAGCCAUAUUUUCAUGAGGAUCAGAUGAAGUGCGUCAGUCUCUGUGACUGUUAUGAUAAUGAAGAUGGAAAGAUAUAUAGACGGGAUGAAUGUCUUUUAUGUGAAUGCACAUCAGAAGGUUUACAGUGCAAGUUUGAUGAUAAAGCAUGCCAUUGCAUUUAUGAAGGGAACAGCUAUAAAUACGGUGAACUCAUCUACGACACCACAGAUGGAACUGGAUGGUGUUUCAGUGCAACAUGUGACGUCAAUGGAACAAUAAACAGAAAUAUCUUUAAAUGUGGCAUCUUUACAACACCCCCAUUUACAUUUUCUACAAGUCAGUCCAUAACUACUGCCUCAGAAAUGUCAACUGCAACACCAGUGACAACGGUAUGUGUGAAGAAUGUAUGUGUAUGGUCAGAAUGGUAUGAUGGCACACAGCCUGAAAACAAAGAGGACAGUGGAGAUUAUGAAACAUUUGAAAACCUCAGAGGUAAAGGAUACAGUGUGUGUAAAAAUCCAAACAGUGUUCAGUGCAGAGCCAAAGAACACCCAGAUACAGAAAUAAACAAUCUUAACCAAACAGUACAAUGUAGUCAAAGUGAAGGACUAAUAUGCAAAAACAAAGACCAACAAUCCAAGCAUUGCUAUAAUUAUGAAAUCAGAAUAUCCUGCUGCAGCUACAUGCCAUGUUCAGAAAUUCAAACGACAACACCAAGAACCACAGAAUUCACAACUACUGCUGUAAAAUCAACACCAGUUACAUUACAGACGAAAAUAAAACCAACAACACAAAAAAAAGAAACUGAAGCGCAAAAAACUGAAGUACCUACAAUAUCAACAAAAGUUAGAGAAAGCACAACUCCUCUAACUGAAACUUCAGUUACAGCAAAGACACGACAAGUCUCAACAACAGGUUACCAGAGCACGUCCCUUCCAGCAGAAAACACAAACAUGGCAACCAACACACUAGCUUCACCCACUACUACCUCCACCCCCCCACAGCCAGCAAUGACAACUGCUGCUGGCACUACAGCUGUCCUCAGGACAACAGCCCCACCAACACAAGGCACAACCAUUAUCACUACCACCAGCACGGCCAGCACCUCCAGGACCUCUCCUCCACCAACAGAAGGAACAACCAUCAUCCCACCCACACCAACAGGGCCCACCUCAGCCAGUAGCACUGCCAGCACCUCCAGGACCACCGCAGGAAGCACCACAACAUCUGCAGCCACGUCUCCUCCAGCAGAAACCUCCACUGUGGCAACACAGCCGCCAACAUCACCCACAACCGCCUCCACUGUCAUCGAACCAAAAAUAAGAACCACCGUUGGCACCACGGUUGUCCCCAGUACCACGGUUGUCCCCAAUACCACUGCACCACCAACACAAGGCACAACCGUCAUCAGUACCACCAGCAGAGCCAGCACCUCCAGGACCUCUCCUCCACCAACAGAAGGAACAACCAUCAUCCCACCCACACCAACAGGGCCCACCUCAGCCAGUAGCACUGCCAGCACCUCCAGGACCACCGCAGGAAGCACCACAACAUCUGCAGCCACGUCUCCUCCAGCAGAAACCUCCACUGUGGCAACACAGCCGCCAACAUCACCCACAACCGCCUCCACUGUCAUCGAACCAAAAAUAAGAACCACCGUUGGCACCACGGUUGUCCCCAGUACCACGGUUGUCCCCAAUACCACUGCACCACCAACACAAGGCACAACCGUCAUCAGUACCACCAGCAGAGCCAGCACCUCCAGGACCUCUCCUCCACCAACAGAAGGAACAACCAUCAUCCCACCCACACCAACAGGGCCCACCUCAGCCAGUAGCACUGCCAGCACCUCCAGGACCACCGCAGGAAGCACCACAACAUCUGCAGCCACGUCUCCUCCAGCAGAAACCUCCACUGUGGCAACACAGCCGCCAACAUCACCCACAACCGCCUCCACUGCCAUCGAACCAAAAAUAAGAACCACCGUUGGCACCACGGUUGUCCCCAGUACCACUGCACCACCAACACAAGGCACAACCGUCAUCAGUACCACCAGCAGAGCCAGCACCUCCAGGACCUCUCCUCCACCAACAGAAGGAACAACCAUCAUCCCACCCACACCAACAGGGCCCACCUCAGCCAGUAGCACUGCCAGCACCUCCAGGACCACCGCAGGAAGCACCACAACAUCUGCAGCCACGUCUCCUCCAGCAGAAACCUCCACUGUGGCAACACAGCCGCCAACAUCACCCACAACCGCCUCCACUGUCAUCGAACCAAAAAUAAGAACCACCGUUGGCACCACGGUUGUCCCCAGUACCACGGUUGUCCCCAAUACCACUGCACCACCAACACAAGGCACAACCGUCAUCAGUACCACCAGCAGAGCCAGCACCUCCAGGACCUCUCCUCCACCAACAGAAGGAACAACCAUCAUCCCACCCACACCAACAGGGCCCACCUCAGCCAGUAGCACUGCCAGCACCUCCAGGACCACCGCAGGAAGCACCACAACAUCUGCAGCCACGUCUCCUCCAGCAGAAACCUCCACUGUGGCAACACAGCCGCCAACAUCACCCACAACCGCCUCCACUGCCAUCGAACCAAAAAUAAGAACCACCGUUGGCACCACGGUUGUCCCCAGUACCACUGCACCACCAACACAAGGCACAACCGUCAUCAGUACCACCAGCAGAGCCAGCACCUCCAGGACCUCUCCUCCACCAACAGAAGGAACAACCAUCAUCCCACCCACACCAACAGUGCCUACCUCAGCAGCCACCAUCACUGCUAGCACCUCCAAGACCACAAGCAGCUGCCAGCAGCUCUGUGCCUGGACGCAGUGGUUCGAUCUGCAUUCCCCUAGCUCUGGUAGUGAAAAUGGAGACAUUGAGACAUUGGCAAAUAUCCGUGCAGCUGGAUACACACUGUGUGACAAGCCACAGGACAUCAAUUGUCGUGCGAAAGAUUACCCUGAAAGGAGUCCAGAAAAACUCGGACAGAUUUUUCAGUGCAGCCUUGAAACUGGGCUUGUGUGCAGAAAUAAAGAUCAGAUCAAAAAGUACCCUAUGUGCUUCAACUAUGAGAUCAAGGUGCUGUGCUGUGAUCGUAAACACUGCCAGACAACAUCAGCCCCCCCAGGAAGCACAGCAGGAUCCUCCACAUCAGCCUCUUCUUCCAGAAACCAUGCACCACAGCUCACGGCCAGCACCACCAAGACCUCUCCCCAACUGACAGAAUCAACAACCAUCAUCACACCCACACCACCACUGCCAGCCUCAGCAGCCAGCAGUACCAGCACCUCCAGCACCACCGCAGGAAGCACCACAACAUCUGCAGCCACGUCUCCUCCAGCAGAAACCUCCACUGUGGCAACACAGCCGCCAACAUCACCCACAACCGCCUCCACUGUCAUCGAACCAAAAAUAAGAACCACCGUUGGCACCACGGUUGUCCCCAGUACCACUGCACCACCAACACAAGGCACAACCGUCAUCAGUACCACCAGCAGAGCCAGCACCUCCAGGACCUCUCCUCCACCAACAGAAGGAACAACCAUCAUCCCACCCACACCAACAGGGCCCACCUCAGCCAGUAGCACUGCCAGCACCUCCAGGACCACCGCAGGAAGCACCACAACAUCUGCAGCCACGUCUCCUCCAGCAGAAACCUCCACUGUGGCAACACAGCCGCCAACAUCACCCACAACCGCCUCCACUGCCAUCGAACCAAAAAUAAGAACCACCGUUGGCACCACGGUUGUCCCCAGUACCACGGUUGUCCCCAAUACCACUGCACCACCAACACAAGGCACAACCGUCAUCAGUACCACCAGCAGAGCCAGCACCUCCAGGACCUCUCCUCCACCAACAGAAGGAACAACCAUCAUCCCACCCACACCAACAGGGCCCACCUCAGCCAGUAGCACUGCCAGCACCUCCAGGACCACCGCAGGAAGCACCACAACAUCUGCAGCCACGUCUCCUCCAGCAGAAACCUCCACUGUGGCAACACAGCCGCCAACAUCACCCACAACCGCCUCCACUGCCAUCGAACCAAAAAUAAGAACCACCGUUGGCACCACGGUUGUCCCCAGUACCACUGCACCACCAACACAAGGCACAACCGUCAUCAGUACCACCAGCAGAGCCAGCACCUCCAGGACCUCUCCUCCACCAACAGAAGGAACAACCAUCAUCCCACCCACACCAACAGGGCCCACCUCAGCCAGUAGCACUGCCAGCACCUCCAGGACCACCGCAGGAAGCACCACAACAUCUGCAGCCACGUCUCCUCCAGCAGAAACCUCCACUGUGGCAACACAGCCGCCAACAUCACCCACAACCGCCUCCACUGCCAUCGAACCAAAAAUAAGAACCACCGUUGGCACCACGGUUGUCCCCAGUACCACUGCACCACCAACACAAGGCACAACCGUCAUCAGUACCACCAGCAGAGCCAGCACCUCCAGGACCUCUCCUCCACCAACAGAAGGAACAACCAUCAUCCCACCCACACCAACAGUGCCUACCUCAGCAGCCACCAUCACUGCUAGCACCUCCAAGACCACAAGCAGCUGCCAGCAGCUCUGUGCCUGGACGCAGUGGUUCGAUCUGCAUUCCCCUAGCUCUGGUAGUGAAAAUGGAGACAUUGAGACAUUGGCAAAUAUCCGUGCAGCUGGAUACACACUGUGUGACAAGCCACAGGACAUCAAUUGUCGUGCGAAAGAUUACCCUGAAAGGAGUCCAGAAAAACUCGGACAGAUUUUUCAGUGCAGCCUUGAAACUGGGCUUGUGUGCAGAAAUAAAGAUCAGAUCAAAAAGUACCCUAUGUGCUUCAACUAUGAGAUCAAGGUGCUGUGCUGUGAUCGUAAACACUGCCAGACAACAUCAGCCCCCCCAGGAAGCACAGCAGGAUCCUCCACAUCAGCCUCUCUUCCAGAAACCUCCACAGUAGAAACCAAAACGCAAACAUCACCAACUACGGCCUCCACUCUCCCACAGCCACCAAUAACAACCACUGCUGGCACCACAGCUGUCCUCAGGACAACAGCCCCACCAACACAAGGCACAACCAUUAUCGCUACCACCAGCACGGCCAGCACCACCAAGACCUCUCCCCAACUGACAGAAUCAACAACCAUCAUCACCACAUCCACACCACCACUGCCAGCCUCAGCAGCCAGCAGUACCAGCACCUCCAGCACCACCGCAGGAAGCACCACAACAUCUGCAGCCACGUCUCCUCCAGCAGAAACCUCCACUGUGGCAACACAGCCGCCAACAUCACCCACAACCGCCUCCACUGUCAUCGAACCAAAAAUAAGAACCACCGUUGGCACCACGGUUGUCCCCAGUACCACUGCACCACCAACACAAGGCACAACCGUCAUCAGUACCACCAGCAGAGCCAGCACCUCCAGGACCUCUCCUCCACCAACAGAAGGAACAACCAUCAUCCCACCCACACCAACAGGGCCCACCUCAGCCAGUAGCACUGCCAGCACCUCCAGGACCACCGCAGGAAGCACCACAACAUCUGCAGCCACGUCUCCUCCAGCAGAAACCUCCACUGUGGCAACACAGCCGCCAACAUCACCCACAACCGCCUCCACUGCCAUCGAACCAAAAAUAAGAACCACCGUUGGCACCACGGUUGUCCCCAGUACCACGGUUGUCCCCAAUACCACUGCACCACCAACACAAGGCACAACCGUCAUCAGUACCACCAGCAGAGCCAGCACCUCCAGGACCUCUCCUCCACCAACAGAAGGAACAACCAUCAUCCCACCCACACCAACAGGGCCCACCUCAGCCAGUAGCACUGCCAGCACCUCCAGGACCACCGCAGGAAGCACCACAACAUCUGCAGCCACGUCUCCUCCAGCAGAAACCUCCACUGUGGCAACACAGCCGCCAACAUCACCCACAACCGCCUCCACUGCCAUCGAACCAAAAAUAAGAACCACCGUUGGCACCACGGUUGUCCCCAGUACCACUGCACCACCAACACAAGGCACAACCGUCAUCAGUACCACCAGCAGAGCCAGCACCUCCAGGACCUCUCCUCCACCAACAGAAGGAACAACCAUCAUCCCACCCACACCAACAGUGCCUACCUCAGCAGCCACCAUCACUGCUAGCACCUCCAAGACCACAAGCAGCUGCCAGCAGCUCUGUGCCUGGACGCAGUGGUUCGAUCUGCAUUCCCCUAGCUCUGGUAGUGAAAAUGGAGACAUUGAGACAUUGGCAAAUAUCCGUGCAGCUGGAUACACACUGUGUGACAAGCCACAGGACAUCAAUUGUCGUGCGAAAGAUUACCCUGAAAGGAGUCCAGAAAAACUCGGACAGAUUUUUCAGUGCAGCCUUGAAACUGGGCUUGUGUGCAGAAAUAAAGAUCAGAUCAAAAAGUACCCUAUGUGCUUCAACUAUGAGAUCAAGGUGCUGUGCUGUGAUCGUAAACACUGCCAGACAACAUCAGCCCCCCCAGGAAGCACAGCAGGAUCCUCCACAUCAGCCUCUCUUCCAGAAACCUCCACAGUAGAAACCAAAACGCAAACAUCACCAACUACGGCCUCCACUCUCCCACAGCCACCAAUAACAACCACUGCUGGCACCACAGCUGUCCUCAGGACAACAGCCCCACCAACACAAGGCACAACCAUUAUCGCUACCACCAGCACGGCCAGCACCACCAAGACCUCUCCCCAACUGACAGAAUCAACAACCAUCAUCACCACAUCCACACCACCACUGCCAGCCUCAGCAGCCAGCAGUACCAGCACCUCCAGCACCACCGCAGGAAGCACCACAACAUCUGCAGCCACGUCUCCUCCAGCAGAAACCUCCACUGUGGCAACACAGCCGCCAACAUCACCCACAACCGCCUCCACUGUCAUCGAACCAAAAAUAAGAACCACCGUUGGCACCACGGUUGUCCCCAGUACCACUGCACCACCAACACAAGGCACAACCGUCAUCAGUACCACCAGCAGAGCCAGCACCUCCAGGACCUCUCCUCCACCAACAGAAGGAACAACCAUCAUCCCACCCACACCAACAGGGCCCACCUCAGCCAGUAGCACUGCCAGCACCUCCAGGACCACCGCAGGAAGCACCACAACAUCUGCAGCCACGUCUCCUCCAGCAGAAACCUCCACUGUGGCAACACAGCCGCCAACAUCACCCACAACCGCCUCCACUGCCAUCGAACCAAAAAUAAGAACCACCGUUGGCACCACGGUUGUCCCCAGUACCACGGUUGUCCCCAAUACCACUGCACCACCAACACAAGGCACAACCGUCAUCAGUACCACCAGCAGAGCCAGCACCUCCAGGACCUCUCCUCCACCAACAGAAGGAACAACCAUCAUCCCACCCACACCAACAGGGCCCACCUCAGCCAGUAGCACUGCCAGCACCUCCAGGACCACCGCAGGAAGCACCACAACAUCUGCAGCCACGUCUCCUCCAGCAGAAACCUCCACUGUGGCAACACAGCCGCCAACAUCACCCACAACCGCCUCCACUGCCAUCGAACCAAAAAUAAGAACCACCGUUGGCACCACGGUUGUCCCCAGUACCACUGCACCACCAACACAAGGCACAACCGUCACCAGUACCACCAGCAGAGCCAGCACCUCCAGGACCUCUCCUCCACCAACAGAAGGAACAACCAUCAUCCUACCCACACCAACAGGGCCCACCUCAGCCAGUAGCACUGCCAGCACCUCCAGGACCACCGCAGGAAGCACCACAACAUCUGCAGCCACGUCUCCUCCAGCAGAAACCUCCACUGUGGCAACACAGCCGCCAACAUCACCCACAACCGCCUCCACUGUCAUCGAACCAAAAAUAAGAACCACCGUUGGCACCACGGUUGUCCCCAGUACCACUGCACCACCAACACAAGGCACAACCGUCAUCAGUACCACCAGCAGAGCCAGCACCUCCAGGACCUCUCCUCCACCAACAGAAGGAACAACCAUCAUCCCACCCACACCAACAGGGCCCACCUCAGCCAGUAGCACUGCCAGCACCUCCAGGACCACCGCAGGAAGCACCACAACAUCUGCAGCCACGUCUCCUCCAGCAGAAACCUCCACUGUGGCAACACAGCCGCCAACAUCACCCACAACCGCCUCCACUGUCAUCGAACCAAAAAUAAGAACCACCGUUGGCACCACGGUUGUCCCCAGUACCACUGCACCACCAACACAAGGCACAACCGUCACCAGUACCACCAGCAGAGCCAGCACCUCCAGGACCUCUCCUCCACCAACAGAAGGAACAACCAUCAUCCCACCCACACCAACAGGGCCCACCUCAGCCAGUAGCACUGCCAGCACCUCCAGGACCACCGCAGGAAGCACCACAACAUCUGCAGCCACGUCUCCUCCAGCAGAAACCUCCACUGUGGCAACACAGCCGCCAACAUCACCCACAACUGCCUCCACUGCCAUCGAACCAAAAAUAAGAACCACCGUUGGCACCACGGUUGUCCCCAGUACCACUGCACCACCAACACAAGGCACAACCGUCACCAGUACCACCAGCAGAGCCAGCACCUCCAGGACCUCUCCUCCACCAACAGAAGGAACAACCAUCAUCCCACCCACACCAACAGGGCCCACCUCAGCCAGUAGCACUGCCAGCACCUCCAGGACCACCGCAGGAAGCACCACAACAUCUGCAGCCACGUCUCCUCCAGCAGAAACCUCCACUGUGGCAACACAGCCGCCAACAUCACCCACAACCGCCUCCACUGUCAUCGAACCAAAAAUAAGAACCACCGUUGGCACCACGGUUGUCCCCAGUACCACUGCACCACCAACACAAGGCACAACCGUCAUCAGUACCACCAGCAGAGCCAGCACCUCCAGGACCUCUCCUCCACCAACAGAAGGAACAACCAUCAUCCCACCCACACCAACAGGGCCCACCUCAGCCAGUAGCACUGCCAGCACCUCCAGGACCACCGCAGGAAGCACCACAACAUCUGCAGCCACGUCUCCUCCAGCAGAAACCUCCACUGUGGCAACACAGCCGCCAACAUCACCCACAACCGCCUCCACUGCCAUCGAACCAAAAAUAAGAACCACCGUUGGCACCACGGUUGUCCCCAGUACCACGGUUGUCCCCAAUACCACUGCACCACCAACACAAGGCACAACCGUCAUCAGUACCACCAGCAGAGCCAGCACCUCCAGGACCUCUCCUCCACCAACAGAAGGAACAACCAUCAUCCCACCCACACCAACAGGGCCCACCUCAGCCAGUAGCACUGCCAGCACCUCCAGGACCACCGCAGGAAGCACCACAACAUCUGCAGCCACGUCUCCUCCAGCAGAAACCUCCACUGUGGCAACACAGCCGCCAACAUCACCCACAACCGCCUCCACUGCCAUCGAACCAAAAAUAAGAACCACCGUUGGCACCACGGUUGUCCCCAGUACCACUGCACCACCAACACAAGGCACAACCGUCAUCAGUACCACCAGCAGAGCCAGCACCUCCAGGACCUCUCCUCCACCAACAGAAGGAACAACCAUCAUCCCACCCACACCAACAGUGCCUACCUCAGCAGCCACCAUCACUGCUAGCACCUCCAAGACCACAAGCAGCUGCCAGCAGCUCUGUGCCUGGACGCAGUGGUUCGAUCUGCAUUCCCCUAGCUCUGGUAGUGAAAAUGGAGACAUUGAGACAUUGGCAAAUAUCCGUGCAGCUGGAUACACACUGUGUGACAAGCCACAGGACAUCAAUUGUCGUGCGAAAGAUUACCCUGAAAGGAGUCCAGAAAAACUCGGACAGAUUUUUCAGUGCAGCCUUGAAACUGGGCUUGUGUGCAGAAAUAAAGAUCAGAUCAAAAAGUACCCUAUGUGCUUCAACUAUGAGAUCAAGGUGCUGUGCUGUGAUCGUAAACACUGCCAGACAACAUCAGCCCCCCCAGGAAGCACAGCAGGAUCCUCCACAUCAGCCUCUCUUCCAGAAACCUCCACAGUAGAAACCAAAACGCAAACAUCACCAACUACGGCCUCCACUCUCCCACAGCCACCAAUAACAACCACUGCUGGCACCACAGCUGUCCUCAGGACAACAGCCCCACCAACACAAGGCACAACCAUUAUCGCUACCACCAGCACGGCCAGCACCACCAAGACCUCUCCCCAACUGACAGAAUCAACAACCAUCAUCACCACAUCCACACCACCACUGCCAGCCUCAGCAGCCAGCAGUACCAGCACCUCCAGCACCACCGCAGGAAGCACCACAACAUCUGCAGCCACGUCUCCUCCAGCAGAAACCUCCACUGUGGCAACACAGCCGCCAACAUCACCCACAACCGCCUCCACUGUCAUCGAACCAAAAAUAAGAACCACCGUUGGCACCACGGUUGUCCCCAGUACCACUGCACCACCAACACAAGGCACAACCGUCAUCAGUACCACCAGCAGAGCCAGCACCUCCAGGACCUCUCCUCCACCAACAGAAGGAACAACCAUCAUCCCACCCACACCAACAGGGCCCACCUCAGCCAGUAGCACUGCCAGCACCUCCAGCACCACCGCAGGAAGCACCACAACAUCUGCAGCCACGUCUCCUCCAGCAGAAACCUCCACUGUGGCAACACAGCCGCCAACAUCACCCACAACCGCCUCCACUGCCAUCGAACCAAAAAUAAGAACCACCGUUGGCACCACGGUUGUCCCCAGUACCACUGCACCACCAACACAAGGCACAACCGUCAUCAGUACCACCAGCAGAGCCAGCACCUCCAGGACCUCUCCUCCACCAACAGAAGGAACAACCAUCAUCCCACCCACACCAACAGGGCCCACCUCAGCCAGUAGCACUGCCAGCACCUCCAGGACCACCGCAGGAAGCACCACAACAUCUGCAGCCACGUCUCCUCCAGCAGAAACCUCCACUGUGGCAACACAGCCGCCAACAUCACCCACAACCGCCUCCACUGUCAUCGAACCAAAAAUAAGAACCACCGUUGGCACCACGGUUGUCCCCAGUACCACUGCACCACCAACACAAGGCACAACCGUCAUCAGUACCACCAGCAGAGCCAGCACCUCCAGGACCUCUCCUCCACCAACAGAAGGAACAACCAUCAUCCCACCCACACCAACAGGGCCCACCUCAGCCAGUAGCACUGCCAGCACCUCCAGGACCACCGCAGGAAGCACCACAACAUCUGCAGCCACGUCUCCUCCAGCAGAAACCUCCACUGUGGCAACACAGCCGCCAACAUCACCCACAACCGCCUCCACUGUCAUCGAACCAAAAAUAAGAACCACCGUUGGCACCACGGUUGUCCCCAGUACCACUGCACCACCAACACAAGGCACAACCGUCAUCAGUACCACCAGCAGAGCCAGCACCUCCAGGACCUCUCCUCCACCAACAGAAGGAACAACCAUCAUCCCACCCACACCAACAGGGCCCACCUCAGCCAGUAGCACUGCCAGCACCUCCAGGACCACCGCAGGAAGCACCACAACAUCUGCAGCCAUGUCUCUUCCAGCAGAAACCUCCACUGUGGCAACACAGCCACCAACAUCAUCCAUUACUGUGUCCACUCUCCCCCUCUCAGGAAUUACAACCACCAUAGGCCGUACGGAUACUCUUCCAACAUCUGUUUCUUUUACUGGACAAAGUACUGCCACCACUGUUAUUCCCAGAAGUUUCAGCACCACAAGCAGCCCGGUAGCUACAACUGGUACAUCACAGUCAAGUCAUGUUACAACAAGCACUUCUGCAAUCUUCAACUCUUCCCCCAGCACACUUGUCACAACAGAAGCAAGUACCUAUGUUACAUCAAGCAGAGUAACUCCAUGCUUUUGUCAUGUGUUUGGCAACUUUUUUUCUCCUGGUGAAGUGGUAUACAACAGAACAGAUAGGGCUGGCUGUAAUUUUUAUGCACUUUGCAGUAAGGAAUGCGAAAUUGACCCAUUCCAAGGGCCAUGUCCUUCGACAACUCCUUUCACUUCAGUCACCUCAGAAACUACAACACAAGCUGCCUCAUCCACAGAACGUGUAUUUUCUUCUGUCUUACCAACGACAGCAACAUCCCUCACAACUUCAGUAGAAAGAAACUGUACUGAUGUCAAUCCUCCACGAAAGGUGGUUCCCCUCAUUAUUGGUGACAGAGUACUUAAGAACAAAUCAUUUGCAUAUUUUCAGCCUGGAGAGAAUUGGAUAAGUGAAUGCCAGAAGUGUGUCUGUGACCCCCUCACUGCUACCGUACAAUGCCAGCCACUCCUAUGCCAAACAGUUCAGACACCAAUUUGUGACCUAGGAUUUGUUUCCAUGCCUGUAGUACCACCAAAAGACCCAUGCUGUCCUACAUUUGAAUGCCAACCACUACGUGACAUCUGUGUGAUUAAUGGUACAAUUUACACGGUUGGAAUGUCAACAGUAAUCAAUUCAUGUAAGAAAUGUACCUGCAGUUCUGAGAAAGACCCAAUGACUAAGGCAAAUAUUGUGCAUUGUGAAAAAGUUCAAUGUGAAACAUCUUGCCCACUGGUUGAUGAGAUCCUGCCACUAGAUCACUGCAGCCAUUACAAAUGUGAAAAAAUUGAAGAUCAAUUUGUUGCAGUCCAAACUAAAAAAAUAUGCCCUGAAUACAACCCAGGAGAGUGUGAUCCUGAUGAAGCAGAGACUACUCCCGAUGGCUGCUGCAAAAUAUGCAAACCUACAAACUGCAAACCUUACAGCAAAAAAACUGUGAUCCGCCGUGGUGACUGUGAAUCUUCUGAAGCUGUUGAGCUGGCAUAUUGUGAAGGAACUUGUCCUGGCUCCUCAGUGUAUUCUCUUGAAGCAAACCAGAUGCAACACGAUUGUAGUUGCUGCCAGGAUUCCAGCAGCCAAACAAGAGAAGUGACCCUGACUUGCCAGAAUGGAACAAGCAUAAAUUAUAACUAUGUCUACGUGGAACAAUGCCAGUGUAUGAAUGCAUGCACUUCAAAAACCCCUGCAUCAUAUGACUCCCAAUUGAAACAAUCUCUAGCAUAUAGUUCCCAAUGGAAAAUCAGCAGAAGAAAGAGAUGAUCAUUGGAAAAAGAAAGCAGAGACCCUAGGGAAGCUGGAAUCAUGUUUUCCCCAGAAUAACUUGUGUUCCUUCUGCAACAGAUCUUACAUCAGUUUCUUUUACCACCUUUUCUCUUUUCUUACUUGUAAAAAAAAAUAAAAUAAAAGUCAAAUAAUUAAAUUUUGGUGUGGUUUAAGUGAUACAAUAUUCAAGGGUAAAAACAGAUGACUGCGUAAAAUACCUUUGUGUAAAUUAUAGAAAUAAGCAAAUAUCACAAAUUCAAUCACAAAACUGACAUUUUGGAAAAAAAGUCUUAAGCGGUCUCUAAAAAACAAAACCAGAAAACAUUAUAGCUGCAUUGCACUUAACUCUUGUGCCUAGAGAAAGCUUUAUUGGAUAUCACUUUUAUGGAUGCAACAAUCCUAACGGACAUCACAGUGACAGGGAGAAGACUGUUUUCUUGUUCAUUUUGUCUCUUAGUUGAUCAAUAAAACUUUCCGCUUUUUUCCAUUUCGGUGGCUGGUGACCUUUCAAUACCCAUCUUCAUUAUCUCAAUGACAAAGAGUCCAUUGGCAUCAGGGAGUUUUCUAACUCAGAUGCGUAUAUUCUCUAGGAGCCUUUGGGAACGAAAACAUUCUCAAACCCCUUUUCCCAGGUGAGG